CUUGUACUACAGCAAAGAUUUUGCAAGGUCAUGAUUUUAGCUCAACUAUGAAAAAUAGUAUAUGAUAACGAUGGUUGUAUAUUUUGGAACAUAUAAAGUUUCUAGACUGACUAUAUGUCUGUUAUUAAUUGAACUUGCCAGUACUCAAAAUUGGUGGAACUUCGAAUCCUACAUAAAUCCAUUCAAACUUCCUGUAUUUACUCCACUGCCAAACCAACGGUUUACUCAUAUUCCUGAAGUCAAUCAAUACGUUCCGAUGCCAAACGAUGUUGUUGUGGACAUACCAAGGGCCGGGAUGGGAAAGUUUAUUGGUUUUUCUACCACGAUAAAUUAUGGCCAUACCUGGUCGAGGUGGCAACCAACAAGUGGUCGAUUGAUCAAUGCGUUUCUCGGAAUACCAUAUGCAGCACCCCCAACCGAUGGAAGAAGGUUCAGGUUUCCCGUUCCUGCUUACUUAGAUACCCGAUUUCCUUGGUUUGCAAAACGCUUUAGAUCAGCGUGUAUGCAACCAUACAUCUGGCUUAGCCGAUUUAUACCAGGCUUUACAGAUAUAAGUGAAGACUGUUUGUAUCUGAACAUUUAUUAUCCAAAUAAUACAUUGGAUGCUUCUAAUACCCGUUAUCCUGUGAUUGUACAUAUUCAUGGUGGAAGUUAUGUUUAUGGUUCUAGUCAUAUGUAUCCUGGUUUAGCAUUGGCUUCCAAGGGUUUAGUUGUAGUAACAUUCAAUUAUCGUUUAGGACCGUUUGGUUUUCUCGCAACUGGUGAUCAUGCAUCGAUCGGUAAUUAUGGUCUAUGGGAUCAGUUGCUUGCAAUCACUUGGGUUAAACAAAAUAUCGAAUGGUUUCAAGGUGAUCCUGAAAAAAUUACAUUAAUGGGAGAAAGUGCUGGUGCGGCUAGCGUCGGUCUUCAUUUAAUCUCACCGUUAACACGAGAAAGAUAUUUAUUCAACCAAGCAAUAAUGAUGUCCGGUUCUGAUUUAUCCCAAUGGGCAUUCAGUGACCCAGCCAAAGUUCGUACACGUUAUUAUGCAAUUGAACUAGCUCAACGAUUAAAUUGUUCUUCAGUUCAAAUUAAUGCUAUAAAUGAAUCACAACAAUAUAUACGUAAUGCUAAUCUGCAUCGCUCAUAUACGAAUAAAACAUUAAAAUUGCCAUUUGGUGAAUCAUAUGUGAAACAACCUUUAACUAUACCAUAUUCUGUACAAGUGGAUGCAUAUGCAUUAAUUUAUUGUUUAAGAUAUGAGAAAACUGCGGAACAAAUUAAUGAUGCUGUCCUUGAAUUACACUCUCUUCCAGGAGCUCCAUCAUUUGUCUGGACACCAGUUGUUGACGGAAUAUCUGGUUUCUUCCCACGUACACCAGCUAAAGAACGUUCACUAGGUAAUUUUGCUAAAAUACCACUACUUGCUGGUGUUGUACAAGACGAAGGUUCGCUGGCAUUAGAACACUUUUUAUAUCAAUUAGAUCAAUAUGGUUACACAAUUGAAAAUUUUACAGAUACUAUUGUAAGACGUUUUAUUGGUACCCUGUUAAAUGAUUUAAAUGUUUUUCGACAUAAUCAAACUGCAGAAGAAUUAUAUACACGUUAUACAUGGUGGUCAAAUUUAGAGAAUAAUACUGCGCGAUGGAAACGUACUGUUGACUUGGUUUCAGAUAUGGAAAUUAUAUCACCAUUAGAUUCUAUUGUAAAAUAUCAUUCAGUCUAUUCACCGUCAGUUUACUUCUAUGAAUUUUCCUAUUCCAGUCCAAAUGACAAACAAGCAACACCAGAAAUCGGAAUUUAUCAUGGAAUUGAAUUGCCUUUUCUAUUCGGAUUCCCUUUUAUGAAUAAAUCAAUUUGGCUAACAUUAUUUGGUGAGAAUAAUCCGUUACCCCGAUGUGUAUCAGACAAUUAUGUUUAUCCAUACGAUACAAAUAUCAGUGAAUAUUUAUUGGAUUUAUGGGCAAAUUUUGUGAAAUAUGGAAAUCCAACUCCACAGAAUGUGAAAAAUAUUAAAUGGCCAAAUUUUAAACAACCGGAAGAAGCUUAUCUUCACAUUGAAUUGAAUAGUUCAAUUAAAUAUCAUUAUAGAUCUUCAGAUAUGGCAUUUUGGCGAUAUCGUUUUGAAGAAUUAGCCGAACCUGUACCAGGUAGUUUGUGAACAUUUUUUGCGCGCAUUAUAAAGGAGUCCUCAGCCAAAGACUUUCUCUGACGAACAAUGGUAAUCAAUAAAAGAGCAGGUUUAAAAAAUUCACGAGUAUUCAGACUAAAAUAUAUCGUUAGUUCAUCACGUCUGGGCUCAUAAAUUCACCAAAGACGAAAACAAGGUCCUUUGAGUCCUGAGGUUAACUCAUGUCGCUACUGACAGUCCGAUUUAGCCAAUAUAUGUACGUCAUAUGAAUGGGAAGGUUUAAUUACCAAGUCACGUUUCAACGUAUCCAAAUCAUAAGUACACAAACGAUUGUCCUUCUGAACGAGAUAAAUAAGCGUAGACCUUGGGUAGGCUUUAUUGAAAAGAGUAUCUCUUUCACAAUUUCUCACCAUUUGCUUUUUAGAUGUCAUAUGUUCACAAGCAUCUGAUGUAUAUGCUCGCUCAACAUAUCAGCACGUAACUGUUACAUCACAAUUCCAAUAACGACUCAUUUGUAUGAUUUCUUCACUUAGUAAGGGAUACGAAGCUAAUAUCAAAGAAUAAAGUUGACUAAAACACGAAAAUACAUGUUAAACAAGCUCAAUUACAUAACAUCUAAUCACUUAAAGAGGAAUUCAUUGGUAAUAUUAGCUUAAAACAGUACAUGAUUUUUAUGAAAUGUUGGUUAAUCAACUCUCGUCAGAAUGAUAACAGCGCAUAAAGCUUAAUUUCAUUCGUAAUGGUUUGGAUUAUCCAGUUGUUGAUAUUUUGACUGAAUUUUGGUUAGUCUUAAUUGGUAUAUCUUUCUAGUUAGCGUUUUUUUAGCGAGUUAGUUUUCUACUGGAUGGGGUCGCUAACUCCAUGCCCAACCCUUGGGUUGGGACCGGCAGUAACUCUGGGAGAGCUGCAGGUGGAACUCAUAUGAUGAACUACAGUGCAAAGUCGUGGAUAGAGGACAGCUGACAGAUGCAUUCCAAGUAAGGACCGGAGUUAGACAAGACUGUCUACUCUCUCCCUUCCUCUUUCUUCUGGUGGUCGACUGGAUUAUGAAGACCUCGACAUCUGAAGGAAAACACGGAAUACAAUGGACAGCUCAGAAUCAAUUAGACGAUUUGGACUUCGCAGAUGACCUAGCCGUCCUAUCACGUACACACGAAUAGAUGCAGAUGAAGACAGCUAGUGUAGCAGCAGUCUCUGCAUCAGUAGGCCUCAGCAUACACAAAGGGAAAACCAAGGUCCUCAAAUUCAAAGCGGAGAACAGCAAUUCAAUCACUCUUGAUGGCGAAACUCUGGAAGAUGUAGAAUCCUUCACAUACCUGGGAAGCAUCAUCGAUGAACAAGGAGGAUCAGAUGCAGACGUAAAGGCGAGGAUUGGCAAAGCAAGGACAGCAUUCCUACACUUGAAGAACAUAUGGAACUCAAAACAACUUUAAACCAAUAUCAAAGCAUUUUGACGCAUGGCCAGAGGUCUUGGUUCAGAUUCCCACGUAUGGGUUUGUGGAUGCGCACCACUGACGAGUCUCACACUAGGAUCGGAUGGCCAUCCAGUGCUUCCAGGUUUUCAAUGGCGGUCUAAGAUCAUUUUGUGAUUUAAACUUUAAAAUUACGAUAUUAGUCGAAGGGGUUUUGUAGAGAUUGGUUUAAUUUGUAGAUUAUAUCCGUCUCAACUUGAUCACCGUUCGGUUUGUAGCGUUUGCAAUCCGCAAAUUAUAUUAUUUUAUUGAUUGAUAUAAUUUUUUUUCUGUCAAUUUUCUAACCAUUUCUCUACAUCGCCCUCCCCAACUUGGCAAUAUUAGCAUCUCCACCAAUUUACUACUAUCCUUUAAUUAAUGUACGAUUGACUACACUGGUAUUAGGUUGUCUUCUCAGUGUUGCGUUGAUUAGUUUAAUCAUAAUUAUUGUGUUACUGAUGAAACGUCCACAACCAAAACAAUUUAAAUCAAGUAUACGUCAUAGUACACCGGGUAGUGAAUUUCAUUCAUUAUUGAAAGAUUCAUUUUCUAAUCGUAAUGUUUAUUCAACCAAAAUGUCAACUAUUCCUUGGACUCAACCGCCAACAACAACGACAACAUCAAUCUUACAACCGUUAACAAUAAGACCAACAUUAAAACCACCACCAAAACUACCGAGAAUAAGUUCUUUCGCUUAUCUUAAAUCCAAUGAUCAGAUUAGACAAAAACAAUUGAGUUUGUCUAAUUCAACAACAUCAUGUACAAGCUACCACAUAUCAUUAUAUUCUGAAGAGAAAUUUCCUAACAGAUUAUCAACUAAACAGAAUAAUACUAAUAAACAUCCACCACCUCCCCCAGUACCAUCAAACCGUGUAAAAUCCGCAUCUGGUUCUUCGAAUGCAUCAUUGUCAUUGAUAUCAUCCUCAUCAUCCUCACCGACGUUGGGAUCGUCAAUGAGAACUUCAAAAUUACACAGUCAAAGACAAAUAAAACACAAACAUGAUAAAAAUAGAUUAUUACAUGGAGAUGAUCAUGAUGUUGUAAUGAAUCGGAAAGAAUCGAAAUCAUCUGAUCGAUUAUUGUACACAGGACACAUGAUGAAAAAUAGUAGUAUUGCCCUUCCGACUACAGAUAUACAUAAUAAUAAUUAUGAUUACAAUCCAUAUGUUACAGAUGUUUAAUGUUAAAAUUUAUAAAUUAAAUUGUAUAUGGUAAUUUUGAUUAAGCCUGACUGGUGCAUUUCUAUCGUCAUUUUUUAUCUGUUAAGUUAAACUCGCAUGUUCGGUUUAAUGUCCAAAAAGAAAUUGAGUGGCACAUUAAAGGGUGGUUAAUGUUCUCUAUUCUAAUAUGGUUGACUUCUGUUUAUUUUUAUUGUGUAUUUAUCAAAAUAUUGAUACUGUUCUCCGCCUCUCAAAAUAUGGAAUUGUCUUAUUUCUUUCAGGAGUAUGUAUUAAUGUUUUUGUUAAGAAAAGAUAACUGAAAUAUUAAUUUCAUGUUGUGUUAC